CUCUCAGGAGCCACUUCCGCUUCUCCACACGCACCAAACAGUGAACAGACGGGAGAACAGUUUGUUAACUAAUCGAGUUCCUGGGUUCCUUUGGUUGUAUAUUUUGGUUACUUAAAUAAAUAAAAUAAUCCCGGUUAACAUGCUUUUGUUUUGUCCGACCUGCGGAAACGUCUUAAUUGUAGAGGAAGGACAGAAGUGCAUGAGAUUCGCCUGCAAUACCUGUCCGUAUGUACACAACAUCACACGAAAGGUUAAUAACAGAAAAUAUCCUAAGCUGAAGGAGGUGGACGAUGUUCUCGGUGGAGCUGCAGCUUGGGAGAACGUGGACUCCACUCCAGAAACCUGUCCAAAGUGUGGACAUCUUCGAGCAUAUUUCAUGCAGAUUCAGACCAGAUCGGCUGAUGAACCAAUGACCACUUUCUACAAAUGUUGCCAGGCCCAGUGUGGCCACCGAUGGAGAGACUGACACCUUCGCUCUCUGAAAAUCACAUCGUAUUUAAGGCUUAUGUGGCAAAGAUACUUUAUUUAAUGCAUUCUUGCUGGUUAUGGAAACUUGAGGCCCAGCGGAAUAAAUCUGUUUCUUUUUGAGUUUGUGGAUCAUACAAACAGUUCAUUUUCAAAAGAAAAUAUUAAAAUAGAUUUUUCAAAGAAAAGUCAUGUUCUGAUUUUUUAUUGAUAAAAUAAUACCUGUAUACAACCGUCAAACAAGUUUUGACUCGCAUAGUUAUACAUUUCACAGACAGAGAGCAAUUCAGACCAGCGUCAUCCACAACAAUGGCAUACAGUACUUUGUGUUGAAAGUUCAAUGCAAUCCUUCAACUUAAAAUGUACCUUCUUGCACAGUUUAAUUAGCCUCAAGAAGAAAUUAAAUCAAAUGCAUAGAGUCAAGAAAGUAGCCGGUGAGAUUUUAUCUGUUCCCGAUGUGUGGCUCAUGCAGACAAACUGCCCUUCGAGUGGCGGCGAGCUGCAGAUUGGACAUGCUGCGGUGGCCGUACGAUGGUUGUCUCCUUGUUGGUAGUAAACUCGAUGGAAUCACAA